AUGCCUAUCUACAAGCCUACCCAAGUAAAAUGCUUACACUUUUUAGGAGCUUGCACAGGGGAAUGCACAGGGGAAUGCACAGGGGAAUGCACAGGGGAAUGCACAGGGGAAUGCACAGGGGAAUGCACAGGGGAAUGCACAGGGGAAUGCACAGGGGAAUGCACAGGGGAAUGCACAGGGGAAUGCACAGGGGAAUGCACAAGGGAAUGCACAGGGGAAUGCACAGGGGAAUGCACAAGGGAAUGCACAGGGGAAUGCACAGGGGAAUGCACAAGGGAAUGCACAGGGGAAUGCACAAGGGAAUGCACAGGGGAAUGCACAGGGGAAUGCACAGGGGAAUGCACAGGGGAAUGCACAGGGGAAUACACAGGGGAAUGCACAAGGGAAUGCACAGGGGAAUGCACAGGGGAAUGCACAAGGGAAUGCACAGGGGAAUGCACAAGGGAAUGCACAGGGGAAUGCACAGGGGAAUGCACAGGGGAAUACACAGGGGAAUGCACAGGGAAAUGCACAGGGGAAUGCACAAGGGAAUGCACAAGGGAAUGCACAGGGGAAUGCACAAGGGAAUGCACAGGGGAAUGCACAGGGGAAUGCACCAGGGAAUGCACAGGGGAAUGCACAAGGGAAUGCACAGGGGAAUGCACAAGGGAAUGCACAAGGGAAUGCACAAGGGAAUGCACAAGGGAAUGCACAGGGGAAUGCACAGGGGAAUGCACAAGGGAAUGCACAGGGGAAUGCACAAGGGAAUGCACAAGGGAAUGCACAGGGGAAUGCACAGGGGAAUGCACAGGGGAAUGCACAGGGGAAUGCACAGGGGAAUGCACAGGGGAAUGCACAAGGGAAUGCACAAGGGAAUGCACAGGGGAAUGCACAAGGGAAUGCACAGGGGAAUGCACAGGGGAAUGCACAAGGGAAUGCACAGGGGAAUGGGAAUGCACAAGGGAAUGCACAGGGGAAUGCACAGGGGAAUGCACAGGGGAAUGCACAGGGGAAUGCACAGGGGAAUGCACAGGGGAAUGCACAGGGGAAUGCACAGGGGAAUGCACAGGGGAAUGCACAGGGGAAUGCACAGGGGAAUGCACAGGGGAAUGCACAGGGGAAUGCACAGGGGAAUGCACAGGGGAAUGCACAGGGGAAUGCACAGGGGAAUGCACAGGGGAAUGCACAGGGGAAUGCACAGGGGAAUGCACAUAG